UUUCCAUGUUUAUGACUUUUCGGAAUUCAGUUGGUUGAUCUCAACGCGAAGGCUACUUCACCACGGCUGAUCAAGGGCAUAGGCUUCUCAUUGGUCAAGAUGAGCGUUGCGUGGCUGGUCGUUGAUUGGCUGCUCGGCACGUGUUCCCUUGGCAUUCUUCGGGUUACCACAUAAUAUAUAUUUGCUUGUUGCUUUUCCGCUGGUAUCUGUCUCCGACUGAGCUUUCCGAAGAUGAUAUCACUCUUCAUUUUGUCAAAUAGUGUUGGUAAAGUGCCUCGUCAUCGCCGAGUUAAAUUCUGAGUUUGAAAGAAAAUCCCGAUCCAUAACCGCCGUACAGCAUCUGCUCCCAUCGGCACAUCUACUACAUCCACCUCAAGAACACAUCAGAAAAGAGAGUGCGGGUUCCUCUGCCCUUUCUGUCCCAUGACCGUCAGUGAUUCGCCUACACCAGACGUGAAUGGGUGUGCUGUCUCCGGCUAUGAGCGGCGCCCAACGUGGACUCUAGAUAGAUCAAUCCUGUAUUCGCUCACUUUGGUGCAACGCGCCCAGAGACAUUUCUCGUUGCAAUCCCUGGUGACGUCUCUCGUUUGAGGAGUUGUGACGACUACAACUUCAUCAACAUUCCAAGAUGGUCGUUUUGAAGAACGACUACUCGCAUUGCCCGCUGAAGAAACGACCUUUGUCCGUUUGUUAUGACAACACAGGAGGAGAACAGACCGAGCCGCAGGACCUGAGCCUAAAGUGCGGCAAGGAGGCGCCUCUUAUUCGCCGAUUAGAAGCUCCAUUUGUGCCUGAGGCCUAUUCACAAGGAGCGCAAAUACGAAACCUUUGCGUCGAAACUUCUCGUCGAAGCGAUGUUCCAAACCAACCAAGAACAGGAUCCGCCGAUCGAGAAAGGGAAGAAGAAGUUGCGUCCAACUCCAAGAACGUUAUUCUCACUCACAAAUCUCGUGCAAACCAUCCAGAGGAGGAAAAUGGGCAAGUGCAAAGUACACCUCCUUCAGAAGGCUCCUCCUUACAAAUGACGCCUGUGGAAGACUCUCUCGCUCACAGGAAAUUUCCCCAUGUCAUCAAAAUGAACGAUUCCUGUAAACCAGGAAACAAGCGGUUACAUUCUGACUCUUUGGUUCUCACAGACAACUCUCAGAAUGUCAGAUCAAACAUUCAUGACAUACAUGAUGUCCCGAAACUUAGCCACAGAAGAAAAGAAUACCCAGCGUCUCAGAUGGUGUGCACUAGCAGAAAUGGAAGUAGCCCUGAAGGGAAGAAAGUUAGAAGUGACAGACUUCACCCUCUUGACACUUCCGAGAUGCCAACAUGUUCCCAAAGUCAUUCCCAUGUUGGUGCAUUCUUAGGAAUGGAUAUUCCGUCCUUGCGAGUGCCCCCACCCCCUUCUGAUCAUCUGAACCAUUUGAAAGUGCCUGUAUCUGCUGAACAGCAGAGUGCUGCCUCACACAGUGAUCAUGUUCAUUUUACACCCCAUGAUAGCAGAGUAUCUAGUGUUAAGUGUACCUCCCCGAUUCCAUCUGCCCCUCAUCGUCCAUGGUUAUCAGAGGGCCCGCAGAAACACAGCUCUAAGCCUCAUCCGAACUCGGAAAAAACCCCUUAUGUACAGACCUCUUCUCACCCUCGGUCGUUCUUAGCUGGUCCCCCUGGUUUCUGGGCAGGUAUGGUGCCAUUUUCGUGGUCCAUGCCACCUAUAUUAACCAACCCACAGCCGCCAUCCCCUAGAAGACUUCAUCAAAGGGAGUGUUAUUCCCCUGGCUCAGAAUCUGCCUCGAGUGAUGGAAGUAGUAGCAGUGUUAGAAGUGACGCCAGAUAUUCCUGCACUGAGUGCAGCAAGUCAUACUCCACGUACUCUGGGCUCAGCAAACACAAACAGUUCCACUGCUCUGCCCUCGGAGCGAAGUCUUUCGGCUGCAAACACUGCGACAAAGUCUACACAUCACUCGGGGCGCUGAAAAUGCACAUCAGGACUCACACCCUUCCUUGCAAGUGCCCCUUGUGCGGGAAAGCCUUUUCCCGCCCAUGGUUGCUUCAGGGGCACAUCAGAACUCACACGGGCGAAAAACCUUUCCAGUGUCCCCAGUGCGAUAGGUGCUUCGCCGACAGGAGCAACCUGAGGGCGCACCUCCAGACCCACGCUGAUAUAAAGAAGUACGCCUGCGGCACUUGCCACAAGACGUUCUCCAGAAUGUCCUUGUUGAAUAAGCACACAGAGGCCGCGUGUCCAGCCAUACAGCGGCGGCCUGUGCAGUGACCUCUUGCCAGUGACUUGUGACCUUUUCGCCGAACUGCAACAUAUUUUCCUACCAAAGAAUUCAGAUGACACAUAAACCCUUUUCUCGUCUUUCCUGAUUGUCUUUAAGAAAAAAUUCUGUCAUUAAAAGUUCAAAGUUUAAACUCGGUAAGUCGUAUGUCCCUACCAUAAUUAUAGUUUCAAUAAAUUUUAUUUUCUGUAUAUGUAAAAUACAUGUUUCACUGCCGUUGAGUAAUCGUCUAG